AUGUCUAACGCUCUAGAACAGUCAUUGGACGAUAUUAUCGGUGAGCAAAAAAAAGCAAGAAGAAAUGAGCGUGGCCCACGCAAUUCAGGGCGCCUGGAUAGAAGGACUCCUUCCAGAGGUCGCUCUGGUGGUAACCGACCACCUGUCAGAUUCGGAAGCGGAAACUCCAUUCCCAGCCAAAUAUUAAAGAGUGCUGAUGGAAGACCAAUGUUGAGGUUAAAGAACGUUCAUCCUGAGUUGAACGGCGAGGACCUCUCCAACUUGUUUAUCAGUAUUGCCCCUGUUGACUUUAUCAAAUUCGACCCAAGAGACGAGACCAUCGCUUAUGUGUGUUUUCAGCUGAAUUACGCCGACAAUAAUGCCAAAGCAGUACAGAAAUUUGAUGGCAGGAAAGCCAUGGGACAGGUUCUAGUGGUGGAGAACGCUGUCUCAUUAGCCGACAGAAUAGCUGCUCCAAAAUCACAAGGAGGCAGACGCCUGAGAAGUGCCGGUGAUGACCGCGAUGAAACACCUAAAGCAAGAGAAGCUCAUAGAUCGAGGGCGAGAGAGAAGAAACAGAGACAGCCAAGAAGACCUAGACCAGCACCUAAAACUGCUGAGGACUUGGAUGCUGAAUUAUCUGCUUACAUGAGCCACGAUCAAUCAAAUAGCGCUGGCGACGCCACCAACGGAAACUCCUCUAGCGCUUUCCCCGCCCAGAAUAACGGCGAGACUAUGAUGGACUAA